GCAAUCUCUGAAAAUAUGCAAUCUCUGAUGGCAUCUUUGCAGAACGUGGAGGCAUCUAGAAAGCAAGACCUUGAGAUCCUCAGAGCAGAGAUGCAGGGCAAAAUAAGCAAGGAUUUGGAGGCAGCAAAGAGGUCCUGGUCUGAGGAGAACCUGUUGGACAUCGGCAAUCAACUAGUGAACACUCAGAGGAAGAUUGUUGUAUUUGCAGAGGAGCUGCAAGCGCAAGGCAGGGUGCAGGGGGAUGCAGACAUGACGGAGUCCCUGAAGAAGGAGAAUGAAUUGCUGCGUGUACAACGGUACAAAGUUGAUGUCACCCUUGAUGCUGACACGGCUCAUCCGAGGCUGCAAGUGUCAAAAGAUGGGAAGAGUGUGAUUGACACUGGUGCAAUCAGAAGGGUGCCCAGCAAGAAGGAGAGAUUUGAUUCCCACGCUUUUGUGUUGGCAAAGGAAGCUUAUGCAUCUGGGAGACUCUACUGGGAAGUGGAUGUUGGAAAGAGGAGAAACUGGAUCUUGGGUGUUGUCCAGAAUACUGUGACACGCAAAGGGACUUUGGUUCUUUCUCCUCAGAAUGGCUUCUGGGCCAUAGGGUUGACAGAUGGGCGAGACUAUUGGGCUUACACGGAUCCUUGGACCCGUUUGACUGUGGGUGGGAGACCACGAAAGAUUGGGAUCUUCCUGGAUAUCUUAGCCAAGAAGCUGUUAUUUUACAAUGUCCACCAGAAAAAUGCUUUGUAUAUUUUUUCCUUUGAUAAUGACUGCAGCCAGGAAAUGAAGCUCUUUCCUUUCUUCUCUACAGGUUCUAUUACAGUAAAGGUUGAUUUUGAGCCUCUACAAAUAGUACAGGGGUUUGAUGAUGAUGAGAAGCGAAGGGAUGAAGUGAGAUUGCACAUCUAAUGUCUGGCUGAAAUCCAGAGCCAUAGGUCUGACAGCACUGUAUUUAACCCCAUGCUUUGUUCCACCAAAUCUGAAGUUGCUAAAAGAUGGUUUCAUCACUGCUUGCUGAGCCUUAUCUGAUCCAUUUCUGUAGGAAGACCUGGAUUUCAUGCCACUGAAAUACUUUUAAUAUCUUUGUGCAAAAGUGGUCUGUUGUUCUAGAGUGGGAGAAGUAUCUGAUGAACAGAACCAUCCCUUCCUAAAAAUACCUCUGACUUAUGUUUCUAGAUGGUCACCAGUCACAGCAGAUCCUUCCUGUCAUUAGCAAGUAUGCCUUGCCUUCUGAACACCACUUGCCUGAUGUCUUAUCAGUGUUUCUUGAGAGGCUGUGUGAAACACAGUCCUACCCGACCGGUUUGGGGAUGUAGUCCUGUGCUGGGUCUUGCUGGGAUGACAUUAGCUUUCCCUGCAGCUGCCCAUACAGUACUGUACUUUGCACUUGUAGCUAGAACAGCACUGGCAUCACACCAGUGUUGGGUCUACUGCUGCACAAUACCGGCACUGCAUCAGGAUUCCCUCCAACCCCAGAAGAGCCAGCAGUCUGGGGGUGGGCAAGUGAUGGGGAGGGGACAUCCCUAGGGCAGCUGACCUAAAGCAACCAAAGGGAUAUUCCGUGCCAUAUGAUGUCACACUCAGCAAUAAAAGGUGGGAAAGAAAAAAGGCUGGAGGAGAGGGGGGUGAGGAGGGAGGGGAAUCUCAUUGUAGAAACAUUUGUCCUCUGCUACGUGUAUUGAGGCCCUGCUUCCCAGGAUGUGGCCGAACAUUGCUCACUGAUGGCAAGGAGAGAAUAACUGCUUUUCUAUCUUGGUGCUUCUGCACGGCCUACUUUUUUUGUUGUUGUUGUUUGUUUAUAUCCCUUUUCCAUUUAAUUAAAUUGUCUUUAUCUCAAA